ACCUCAUCUCACACGCUUCACACCACCAUACCUUCUGUGCUAACUGCAGCACAGGAGAUGGAAAAGAGCAGCUUAAUGAAGUUACCAGUCUAGAUAAUAAUUAUGCGACUGCACUGUUUCCCUUUGUCGCCUUCUUCUGCUUCAUCUACGCUGCUAAUAUUGAUUGUUUUUGAACAGAUUGUUAUUGGCGCUAUAAUCGAGAACACCCCCGCGGAGCGUGAUGGGCGGCUUCAACCUGGGGAUGAGCUCAUUUCUGUGGAUAAGAAUGUGGUUGCUGGGAAACCGCACAAAUACGUAAUUGACUUGAUGCACGCGGCUGCUCGCAAUGGUCAAGUCAGCUUGACAGUGAGAAGAAGAGUGCAAAUGCCCGGUGAGCCAUGCCCUGUAAAUGGCCGCAGCCCUGGCUCAGUGUCCACGCAGCACAGCUCUCCACGGAGUGAUGCAGCCUCGGCUUCAGGUCCUGCGGUCGCCCCCGGCCCCACCGUCACAUCUCCUCAAGAGGGAUCCGCUCUACAAACCAGUGACGUCGUCAUUCACCGCAAGGCGAACGAAGGCUUCGGCUUCGUCAUCAUCAGCUCGUUGAACAGACCAGAGAACGCAGCCAUCAUCACUGUGCCCCAUAAAAUAGGACGAAUAAUCGAGGGCAGCCCUGCAGACCGCUGUGGGAAGCUGAAGGUGGGAGACCGGAUCUUGGCAGUAAACGGACAGUCAAUCAUCAGUAUGCCCCAUGCAGACAUUGUCAAGCUCAUUAAAGAUGCUGGGCUGACCGUCACACUGCACAUCAUACCAGAGGAGAGUACACACUCUGGGCCCAGCUCGGAGAAGCAGAGCCCUAUGACUCAGAAACACAGCCCUCACACCCAGCCCAGCCCUGUAGCUCAAACCAACCAAGGAGGUGCUCAACCUGGCCAAACAGCUCCUCAGCCCGGCCAGACGGUUAAUCAGACGGGGCAAGCUUCCGCUCAGCCCGGACAGACACCAGUGCAGACAAGCCAAACAGCGGCAGGAACUCCUGCACCACCAGCCUCCCAACCGGCACCGGGUGGGACCCAGCAGAGCCCAGGCACGCAACCCUCGGGCCUUCCUCCGCACCUCUACCUCCAUGAUGGCAGGUCAGAGGUGAAAGCCAGACAAGAUGUCAAACCAGACUUCCGCCAUCCUCCAUUCACCGACUACCGGCAGCCUCCAGUAGAUUACCGUCAUCCACCGGUAACUGAUUAUCGACAGCCUCCGACGCUGGACUACCGACACCCACCUGGUCUGCUGGACUUCAGACAGCACCCUGCAGCUCCACAGUUUCCUCUGGGGAUCCCUGCAGACUUCAGACCGCAGGACUUUGAUUACUUCACAGUGGAGCUGGAGAAAAGUGCAAAGGGUUUUGGUUUCAGUAUCCGUGGUGGACGGGAAUAUAAGAUGGACCUAUUUGUCCUCCGCCUUGCUGAAGAUGGUCCUGCCAUACGUAAUGGAAGAAUGAGGGUAGGGGAUCAGAUCAUAGAGAUUAAUGGGGACAGCACUCGGGACAUGACUCAUGCCCGUGCCAUUGAACUCAUCAAGGCAGGAGGCAGGCGGGUCAGGCUGCUGCUAAAACGAGGCACAGGACAGGUGCCAGAAUAUGACUGUGCCCCCUCCUGGGAUUCCCUUCCUGCAACCCACUCUGCCCUGCAGGAAGUGACCGUCGACCUGCAUCUGAAUCCAUCGCUCUCAUUCCAUCCACUCUCAGCCCCAGCCUCCCCUCAUCCGCUCCCUCUAGAGGCCGCAGUGUGCAUGGCAGACAAAGCUCCACAGCUGACAGACCACAGCUCCAGCAGAGGGGCAACAGGUGGCAGGUCCACCCAGCAGAAGUGCAUCAGGGGGCAGGGAAUCCCUCCGGUGUCUGGAGAGGUGGACUAUGGAUCAGGCGGCAGACAUCCUCUGGUUUUGCCUCCCAAAACUGUCCUGGGGAGAUCCACAGAAAUAAGAGAGAGGCAGAGAGAGACUUGCUCCCCCUGCAGUGACAGAAAGGACCUGCACACACAGCCAAUGAGCACAGUUUGGCCUUGGGACCCAUACAUGAAUAUAAAUUUGAAUGGUGCUUCUCUCAGCAUUGGGGACCAUGCAGAGGGGACAUGUCAACCUCCAGCAGAGGCUGGUGUCCAGAGGUCUGCUCUUGAAAGAGGAUGAGGGGGCCAGGGGCCACACCGGGCUCUGCUGCUCCUCGAAAACCAUUGAAGAUCCAACCAC